AUGCCUCCACGCCCGGCGGACCAGGUGCGGCUCUCGCUGUUGGAGAAGGUCAAGCUGGUGCUGUUCUACGCCGUCGUCAUCACGAAGACAUGCGGCACUGCAUUGGCCGCGCCCUUCACCGCGUCUGAGAAGCGCUCUCGCGUCUUCAAACGCCACGUCGCCUACGCCUUUGUGCGGCAUUGCUUCACCAACAGCAAUUCCCGAAUCGAGCAGGCCAUCACCACCGACACGGACGAGCUGUACUACGAAUGGGCUCGGAAGACCAAGGUGGCUCCCGCGCGGGAAGUGCUCCCUGACGGCACCGAAGCAUUCUGGAUCGGGUCCAAAGACGCCAAAACCGUCCUGCUCUACUUCCACGGCGGCGGCUACAACCUCCCCGCACUGCCCGCCCACAUCAAUUUCUGCGCCCGACUCGUCGACGACGUCUCCCCAUCAACACAAGGCGACUUCUCCGUGCUCCUCCUCCACUACGACUACCACCCCUUCGGGCACUACCCGCGGCAGCUGGGGCAAGCGGCCGCGCUGUUCAAGCACGCGGUCGACACGCUGGCCAUCCCCAACGUGCUGAUCGGCGGCGACUCGGCGGGCGGCAACAUGGCCGUCGGCCUGCUGAGCCACCUGCUGCACCCGCACCCGGACGCCGACGUCGUCGCGCGCGUCGCCGCGCACGACAUGCCCAACCGCAUCCGCGGCGCGCUGCUGGUCUCGCCGUGGGCGGAUCCGUUCGGCGGCGAUGACGUCUACCCCAGCUUGCGCCGCAAUGAGCCCAAGGACUUGCUGGCUGGUAAGUUUUUGAGGCGGUGGGCGGAUGCGUGGGCUGGUGGUAAGCCUGAGGAUGCGUACAAUCGGCCGACUGCGGCGCCGGCUGGGUGGUGGAAGGGGGUUGAUCGCGUCCUGGAGCGGUUCUUGGUUGUGAUUGGGGCCGACGACGUGCUGUUGGAUGGGGCGUUGGGGUUCGCGAGGGGGUUUGCCGGCGAGUGGCGGGAUGCGAAGGACGCGCAGAUCGCCGUCGUCGAGGACGAGGGGCAUAUAAGUGGGAUCGUGGAUGCGGAUAUGGGAUUCAGCGCCGACGAGGUCCGCAUGUAUGUGCAGAUUCGGGAUUGGCUGAAGAGCGUCGUCGCCGGGUAG